UAUGACAGAACGAUUCAAGUUUUAAACCUCAUUACGAAGUAAGAAAUUUAAAUAUAUCGAAGGGUAUUUUUAAAAACAAUUGAACGAACAACAUAAACAUGGUAAAUAACAAUAUUCUCUACGUAAAAACGUGCAUAACACAAAAUUAUCUGUGUUAAGUAUUACGCAGGAUAAUUUUAAAAACUAUACAGGAUAGCAAUGUACGUGGUGGUUUUUAUGAUGCUGUUAGUUGGAAAAGAUUGCUUCAAUAUUGAUACAAACAAUGUAGUUAAUAUUCUGGGACCAGAAGGAACUAAUUUUGGAUAUUCUUCUGUAAUGUUUAGCAAUGAGGACAGUCAGAAAUGGGUUGUGGUAGGAGCUAUAAAGGCAAACUUUACAAAUGACGAAAAUAUAAAGACACCGGGCAAUAUAUUUAAGUGUAAACUGAACUUUACUCAAUCUAUACAAGAUUGUGAACCAAUGAACAUCAGACCUAACGACAAUAUGAAAUGGCCAGAUCUCCCUGGGUUCGAGGAAGAUAACGAACUACUUGGAGCAUCAAUGUCUAUUUUUGAUGACACUAUAAUUACCUGUGCUCCUCUCUGGAAGAAUAUGAUUCCUCUGAAAUACGACAAACUUGUCUAUCCUAUUGGAAGGUGUUUUAACAUAGAUCGAAAUUUGCAAUCGUACACAACGAAAUACUUCAGAUACUUCAGAAACAAAUUUGUCAAUCAAACAGAUGCCGAAACUGCUCAGAUAGGACUUUCAAUAUCGAACAAACAGUAUGAAGAUAAUUCAUUGUUAAACAUACUUAUAGGAGCGCCAGGAUUCGUGGAAAACGAAGGUGGUUUUUUACAGUAUUCUGGUAAUUCAACGAUUCGUGAUUUUUAUUCGAUCUUCACCCGACAUGACUUUGCUGAAGAUGCCGCGAAGCAAGGUCUACAUCAUGGAAGCUUAAUGGGUUACUCUGUCAGCACAGGCAAGCUUUCAGAUUCUGAUGAAGAAUGUCCAGGAGUUAUUGUAUUAGGAGCCCCGCACUACUCUACAUGGAAAAAUGGAAUAGUAGGGGGAGUUUUUGUUUUUUGUUUAAAACAAUCUGACUGGAAGUUAUAUUUGAGGAAACAGUUUGUAGGUGAAAAGUCUGGAAGUGGAUUUGGUAGUUCUAUUGUCUUUGAAGACAUAAACGGUGAUGGAUUAGAUGAUUUACUUGUCGGAGCACCUCUUCAAUAUAAUGAUGUACUAGAUGCAGGCGUUGUCUACAUAUACUAUGGAGACACAGAUCCAAAUAUACUUCUCAGAGUUAGUGGACAAAAGUUACAAGGAAUAUCGAAAUGGGGACGAUUUGGUACAGCACUACAGUGUAUAGGCGAUAUAAAUAAAGAUGGAUACAAGGAUAUAGUCAUUGGUGCACCGUAUGAGGAGAGAAACAAAGGGGCUAUAUAUAUCUACCACGGAGGCUAUGACAAACUUACAUUCACACAGAAAAUUAAGGCUCAAGAUAUUAGUAGUAACCUUCAGUCGUUUGGUUGGUACAUUUCAACUGCUUAUGACAUCGACAAUAAUGAUUACCAAGAUUUUCUUGUUGGAUCCUACAUGUCCAAUACUGUUACCAUAUUACGAGGCAGACCUGUUAUUAAACUCAAUAACACAAUUGAAGUAUUUCCAUCUGAUAUACCUUUGAACUCGUCCGAACUGAAAUGUCGAGAUGAGUUAUUCAGACCAUGUGUGACAGUUAGACUGUGCUUUUCCUACACUGGAGUUUCAGUUCCAGAUUCAAUUUUGAUUGAUUAUAAUCUAAGCUCGGAUAUUGGGAGAACUUUGUCCACACCAAGUAAGCCAACUCGAGUUCAUUUUUCAUCAGAAACAGAACAGUUUAAAAGUGGUAACUUAGAAGGAAAACGAUUUCAAGUUAGAAAAUUGUCAGAAUCAUGUAUGGAGUAUUUCGCUAUUGUGACGGCGUUAGACAGACAGUUUUUUGCAACACUUGAGGAAAAGUUGGUUAUGGAAACAACGUAUAGACUUAGUGAUUCACCAAUACUGGGAGAAGUUCAACCUGUACUUGAUAAUGUUAUUACAACCAACAGAGACUCUGCUAACUUUUCAACGGGUUGUAAUGGAACAUGUCAUCCUGACCUGCGGAUAGAAUCCACAAUUUAUCCACAAGAAAUUAUAUUAGGGAUAACUUCUGAAGUAGAAGUCACCGUAAAAGUAACUAACAAAGGUGAUCUGUCACAUGGGACUCGGAUAAAAAUUUACAUGUCUGACAAUACCAGAUAUUUUGGAUUCAGCCAGCCGACAAAUAUAGUUACUAAGCCUGUAGACUGCAAAAACAUUGUCGACGAAAACAAAGAGUCGCAUGUUCAGUGUGACCUCAGAAAUACAUUAUUGCAGCGACAAAUGGUCGUCAUGAAUGUUCGCUUUAUAGUGUCACGUGAUCUAUUGAUUAAAGAUGGAGAAAAUCUUGGUAACUUUAAACAGCAGCUUGUCUUCAAUACAUCAGUUAAAGCCACCAGUACCGAUAUGGAUAUUUCGGAUAAUUCUUUGAAAUUCAUUGCCAGUGUGAAAUUACAUGUCAGUGUACUAUUUAAUGGAAUAUCAAGACCAGAUCAACUAACAAUCACAGAGAAGGAAAUUUUUAGAUUUGUUCAUACCUUCUAUAUAAAGAAUGAGGGUCCUAGUCCCCUGUUUAAUGGAUCACUAUCGAUAUGUGUACCAGUCAUAUCAGAUGACGGAACUAACAUGAUGACAAAAGAAAUGAUACAGAUAUCAGGACAUAGUUCGAAGAUUACAUGGCGUGUGGUUGAAUUUGCAGGCGAAAUAUUUAAUGUAAAAUCAACACAAUGUCGAAGACGUAGAGAAACUGAACAGAUGCUUAAGGAAAUUUCCUGUUGCACAGUUGAUUCGAGUAAACGUGCGAUCAUUGAAAUAAAGGUCGAUUUAUUAGAGAAAGACGAGAAUGAUACCUUUGAUGUUAUAGUGAAUCAUGUGAAUAUAGUGAAAGAGUCACUUAAUUUUACAAAGGUGGCUGGUAUAGUUUAUAAAAGUAUAGCUACACUAAAGAGUGGGAACAAUAGUAGACAACUCAUCACCGUUACCAAUUCUUCGAUCAUGGAAGUUUCAAGUGAAAUAUUCCCUACAGAAUUUACAGUAGAUACAGUAGAAUCAAGACAAAAAAAUAUAUGGAUUAGUAUUGGUAGCGGUGUUGGUGGAUUAGUUGCUGGAUUUUUACUUCUUGUUAUACUGUCUCUUAUACUAAGGAAGUUUGGUUUUUUCAAACGACAAAAGAAAGAAGUAGUAGAAGAAUGGAAACGUAAAAGUAAUUAUUAUGAAAAAAGUAAAUCUGAGAGAAUUUCGAAGCUGGCGCCUGAAUCAACAGCAUUAUAAAAUAAGAAAACAAAAAAUGUGCUUGAAUAAUAUAAAUGACUAUUUGCUGAUAUAGAUUUAAAAUAGAUAAAAACUGUUAUUGUUGUAUCAUACAUCAAAUACCAUAAUUACAAACCUGAU